UGUGCGCGAGCUCCAUGGAGAGUCUUGAACCAGCAGGACAGAGAUGCUCAGUUAGCAGCCCCGCUAGCGCCGCUUCAAAACAACCAGCUGCAGCCUGCAGUUAGACGCUGCUUUGUAGUGGAAUACGAAAGUAGGGCUCCAGGAUUGAAAGAAUUCAUGACAGGUACGCGAUUUUGCAUAGGUAGAGAAUAUUAUUAUCACAUUGUUCAAUAAUGGGAGGAAACAGAUAUGCUUCUGACGUUAGCUAGCUAGCCAGCUAGCUAUUUGCUGGCUAGCUUCAAGAAUCAUUUGAGACGCGUACGAGGCACCAGCUUUAGCUAGCUAGAGAAAGGCUACUGCUAGGCCUUGAAGGGACAAACAUUAAAUAUCCUACAAUACAAUCUGUUUGAUUUACCAGCAAUACAACACUUUUGUCAUUCUCUAUUGUACGACUUGGGCAGCGUGGAAUGAUAUAUAUAUACAGUUUAAAAGAAGGAUUUUAAAUCGAGGACUUAAAGAAGAAAGGACUAUUCGUCUUUGAACUGGAAAUAAGGCACUGAAUCUAGCUAGUAGGCUAUCUGCUUAGCUUGAUAGCUAACGGUUGCUUGCUGCUGUACCGUACGGGCCUGAGAAACAGUCGAUUUGCAAGCUAGCAAACCUUUCUAACAAGCUACGAACGUAUCGCAAAUGUUUUCGGAGGACUUCGUUGUUGGAAUUAAUCGUUGACAGUACCGAAUUUCGAGUGGUAGUUUGGAAGGACUUGUUCGGUAUCUAACGGGGGAGCUAGUAGCUUGCUCACAUAGGCUUUUUGAAUGUGGGAUAAAAUGGAGACCCCAACGAUUGUCUACGAUCUCGACACCUCUGGGGGGCUUAUGCAGCAAAUCCAAGCUUUGCUUGCACCUCCCAAGUCUGAAGACGGCGAGAAAAGGAGUCGUAAACCGGACAAAAAUGCUCGGAGGACCGGGAGAGCCACAAACCACGACACUUGUGACAGUUGCCGUGAAGGAGGCGACCUGCUCUGCUGUGAUCACUGUCCCGCUGCAUUUCACUUACAGUGCUGUAAUCCUCCUCUGAGCAAGGAGAUGCUGCCCCCAGGGGAGUGGAUGUGUCAUCGCUGCUCCGUGCGUCGGAAGAAGCGUGAGCUUAAGAAGGAGCAUAUCAAUGGUUUGCUGGAGCGCAGCAGUUUGCAGCUCUCCAAACAGUCUCCGUCUCUGGCGGCCGAGCAGGAAGUGUUGUCCGGGCCGCUGCGUCUGGACCCGGCCGUGGGCCCGGGGCUGAGGGUGGCCGUGGCUCAGGUCCGCCUGCUGGAGCGGAGACCUCUGAGCCGGCCCAACACCCCCACCUCCACAGCCUCCACCGACACACCCACGCCCUCCGAGCAGAACGACAUGGAUGAUGACAUGCUGGACGUGGAGGAUGAGAUGGCCUGCUCCGACCAAGAGAGCUCCACCCCCCACCUCAAAAGGCCCUUUGACCUUCUGAUCGCCGCGGCUAUGGAGAGGAACCCCACACAGUUCCAGCUGCCCAACGAGCUCACCUGCACCACAGCCCUCCCAGGAAGCAGCAAGAGGAGGAGAAGAGAUGAGAUGAUGGGAAAGAACAUGAAACGCCCCCAGCACGAACGUGACCACAGCGGUCUGGUGCCGCUGCCCGUGAAGGUGUGCUACCCCUGUGGCAGGAGCUGCAGGCUGGCUCCGUUGAUACAGUGUGACUACUGUCCCCUGCUGUUCCACAUGGACUGCCUGGAGCCCCCGCUCACUGCCAUGCCUGUGGGGAAGUGGAUGUGUCCCAACCACAUAGAGCACCUGGUGCUGAAGCAGAGGAGCCUCACUCUCAGCAGUCGCUGUCAGCUGUUUGACCAGUUCCAGGAUAGGAUGUCCCAGCAUGCUGUCAAGGUGGACUUCCUGCAGAGGGUCCACCGCCUGCAUCCUCCAGUCCGCAGGGGAGGCCACGCCCACCUGAAGAGAACGCUGAAGGUACCUGACUCCAUCAAGUCCCAGUACAGGUCUCCCCCUGUCAUGAUCCCCCCCGCUGGGAUCCGCCACGGAGAGCUCAUCUGCACAGGUGUCCCAGAGGCCCCCCCCUCCCAGCCCCUCCAGCCCUUCACCAGCAACGAGGAGCAGCAGGAGUGGCUACGAGGCGUCAUCACCCUGCAGUGCAGCAUCAUGCGGCACCUCUCAGCCAGGCACAAGUCCUCACAGUGGGAGGCUGACGUCAAACCUAGCGUCCCAGCGGGGGAGGGUGGGGCUGAGUGUAGCUCUGACAGGACAGCCCCCGGCCCCAAGGGGGCCCCAGCCCCUGGUCCCCAGGGGGCCCCAGCCCUGGUGUCCCCUGCGGGGCUGAAACUCGGCUCAUGUCCCAGUAACGGCCCUGUGGACCAGCAGGCCAACGGGAGUCCCGAGGCCCAGUCCCCCCCGGCCUCCAGCCAGUCCCCCCCGGCCUCCACCCAGUCCCCCUCGGCCUCCAGCCAGUCCCCCAGCCCCCAGCCUCCCACCCCCAGCCCCGCGCUACCCAACCACCUGGCCGUGGUUAAGACUGAGGCCCCACCCAGACCUUGUUUAGGUCCUGCAUCCAUCAGACCAGACCCCCGGACUCCCCACCCCCCAGACCCUCUCAGGGCUCCUGCCCAGACUGGGAGCACCAAGCUGGGCUCAGAUGGAAAGAUGGGUGUGGCAGAGCUCCCUGGCAGGGUGCCCCAGCCCCCCGGGCCCCAGCCCCCCGGGCCCCAGCCCCUCUCCCUUGGGGAUCUGUCCAGCUGCCUGAAGGCUGUCACAGAUGGGAAUGGAGAAAUCCAGAUGGAGAACCUGGAUGAGAAGUUCAUCCGGCUGCUGGCCUGGCAGCGGGUCCAGCAGCUUUUUGAGCCCAGACCCUGGUCUCCUCAGAGCAACUACAUCAGCACCAGCCAGCCCGCCCAGACACAGGAGCAGCAGUCUGAAGCACACAACAAGGCCGUCCAGGCCAGGGCUGUGUUCUACCCUCUAGCAGGAAGAGGACGUGCUGUCAACAUGUGCUACAGGACCCUGCACAUGGGAACUGGUGCUGAUAUGGAUGUGUGCCUCACCAACUAUGGCCACUGUAAUUUCGUGUCAGGAAAACAUGCUUGUAUCUUCUAUGAUGAGAACACCAAGCAGUAUGAGCUGCUGAACUACAGUGAGCACGGCACCAUGGUGGACAACGUUCUCUACUCCUGCGACUUCUCAGAGAAGGUCCAGCCCAGCCCCUCCAGCAGCCUGGUGGCCAAGGUCCAGAGCAUCAUCAAGCGCUGCAGGAGGAGAGAACAGCAGGGGGAGGCCCCUGGAGAGGCUGUGGAGGCCACAGUGAUGAGCCAGGGCCCUGGAGAGGCUGUGGAGGACCUGUGUGACUGCAGGACCAGCAGUUCCAGCAUGGUGGGGGGAACGGGGGCGGGCUGGGAGGGCACGGGGGCGGGCUGGGAGGGCACGGCCCUGCUCCACCAUGGCAGCCUCAUCAAGAUGGGCUGCAUGCAGUUUCUGUUCAGCGUCACAGAGUUCGCCUGCCUACCGCCCAAGGAGGAGAACCAGGCUGCUCUAGCCAGCCUCCACCCCAGCCUCCACCCCAGCCUCCACCCUAGCUUCCACCCUAACCUCCACCCCAGCCCCCACCCCAGCCCCCACCCCAGCCCCCACCCCAGUCCAGACAGAGGCAUCUGCCUAGCACCCCGCCCUGCUCCAUCAAGGGCCCGUGUUUCCCCCUAACCCUGCCCCCACCCUCCCUGCCCCCACCCUC